AUGACUUUCUUGUGCUUUUCACUCGCUCUUACAGGCGAUUUCAUUCGCGUAAUUUCGAAAGCUGAAAAAUUAGAGGAAAUUUUAAAUAAUGGAAAUUAUACAUAUAUUAGCAUUGCCGCGACACACGACAUAAAACAAGCACUUUAUUGCCCAGAAGCAAAAUUUGGGGAAAUUACUUUCCCUCGUUCAGCUGCGUGUUCGAAAGUUGCACUGCCAUGUUCAAUUUAUAAUGAUACAGAUGGUUCGCUUCGAUACGCUAUUCAGCACUGUGACUGUAAAACAGGUAAAUGGCUUGCGCAACCGAACCUAGAUAAUUGCACGCAUAAAUGGACUAUGGAAUUUGAACAAGCUAUUAGCAAUAAUGAACCUGCGGAAAUUCUAAGUGGCUUGUUGGCAGACAAGCUCAAAUCGACGAUACAAUUUAGGUUUUCUGAUAUAGUUGGUAGCGUAAAUGUUUUAGAAAAUCUAAUUCCUUUGGCUAUGCAACAAUAUGUUCUUAUUGAUAAUCGCACUGAAAGAAGUCAGAAGGCUAUUGAAUUUACUCAGGCAAAAGAUAAUUCAUUUUUAAAAUCAAAUUUAUUUGGAGCUGCUGGUGAUGAAUUACUUAGUUCGAGAGUCGAGAUAACCUGGAUGCAGUUAGGAACCAGAGUGCGCAUCGCUACAGCUUCGACACUAAUGAUUUCGCUGGAAAGAAGCGCAGCUUUGAUGGCCACUUUUCUUGAUCAGAAGCAAAAGAAAAUCAAUUAUAGAAUGCAAGUGCAAGUGAAGUCACCUGGCAAAACUACAAAUCGAAUAGCAGCUUUCGAUGAUUCCAGUUCGAAAAAACUGCAACAAUCAUUAUCGUUGCCACAUGUUCCUCACGAUGAUCAUCAAAAUUCAUCAUUUAAUCCCGAGUUAGGAGUACCACUAAGUUCACCAGCUUUUUAUAAAGCUUCAGUACCAGCAACAAUUAGUUUCAGCGAUUUCCAGUUGUCACCCAACAAUCUACUUAUAAAGCAAGUGCUUCGGCCAAAGCAGCAACUGUUCCGUAUCAGUUCAAUCCUCAAAUACAACCUCGAUACGACGGAGACUGCUGUCUCUUUAGACCGCAAUCCUCUGAGGCUUGGCUAUUAUAUAUUCAAAUCUUUUGGAAAUCUUCUGAACACUGAUAAUAAAACAAUUAUUAAUAGUCUUAUUAUAGGUGCCAGUGUAAAUAAUCCAACACAAAAUCUCGAACUUCCAAAGUCGAAUCCAGUUUCUUUUACUUUUUACCACAUAAAACAAAAGAAUGUCGCAAAUCCAAGAUGUGUAUUUUGGGACACUAAUAAACGUAUCGACGUUGAAAUAUUCAAUUUUUUAAGAAUUUGGAACGAAAGUGGAUGUUCUGUGCUACAAACGUCGAUAAAUUCCACUGAUUGCUUAUGCACCCACUUAACCAGCUUUGCAAUUUUAAUGGAUAUUAUUGGUGAGGACGAUGGAUCACUGAACAGUUUUGCUUUGAAUGUGAUUUCAAUUCUAGGCUGCUCUUUAUCAGCUUUUUGCUUAUUUCUAACAAUCGUGGUACUUACAUGUUUCAGGUAA